AUUCAACCGUGUUCUUAGAGGCAGCCACACCUCAGCAAGGACUAACUUGGGCCAGAAAAAUUAAAAGAACUAAUUAGAAACUGUGCAAGAGUCCUGACACGCUAUCAGAGGGAGUCUUUAUGGCACAAAUGCCCUCUGAAUCUACGUGAAACAGGGCAUGGAACUUCAGGGAGGAAACAAAGAAGAUGGACCAGUGCCUCUAACACCUGGAGUGUGAUCCAAGCCUGGAGACAAAACGGUGGCUGGUGGAAGGACAGCUAGUUGUCAUUAACAAGAACAAGACUCCCUGGUUUAUAUCAAAAUCAUUGGUCACCAAGAUUGCCUUCCAGACAGUAAUGCGCUGUGUCUAGCUAAGGCUGAAACACAGAUCUGCAACCUGAAGAUAAUAACAUUAGCAAUGGAGCCACUGUAUGAGGAGUAUAUAACACAUGGUGGAACAAUAGUCAAGCCUUAUUACUGGCUAAGCUUCUCUCUAGAUUGCACCAACUGCCCUUACCACAUUCGGACAGGAGAAGAAGCAAGGGUUCCUUACACAGAAUUUCAGAAGAUUUUUGGAUUUCCAUGGUCAACAUACCCUCAAAUAAAACACCUCUCAUUUUAUGAGCUGAGAAGUUCCACUGGGAACGUGAAACAAAAGGGCCAUGCCAGCAACUGCACUGGGAAUCCCAACCACCCAGAGUCAAUGCUAUUUGAGAGGAAUGGUUACCUUGACUCAGUCAUAUCUUAUAGCAGCAACAUUAGGCAUAUCAUUCUGUAUUCCAGCCACUCCCCUUGUGAUGAGGCUAACCAUUGUUGCAUUAACAAAAUGUACAAUUUCCUGAAGAUGUAUCCAGAUGUCACUCUUAGUAUUUUCUUUUCUCAGCUCUAUCAUACAGAGAAUCAAUUUCCUACCUCGGCCUUGAACCGUGAGGCUCUCCAGAGCCUGGCCAGUCUAUGGCCCCAGGUCACUUUGAGUCCAAUAAGUGGUGGCAUUUGGCAUUCUAUUCUCAAAAAUUUUGUUAGUUAUGUCCCGGGAUCAACUGUUCUCCAGCCCUUUACAGCAGGGAGAAUACUGGCUGACAGGUACAAUGCUUAUGAAAUAAACUCCAUAACAGGAGUGAAGCCUUAUUUUAUCGAUGUUCUUCGGAGGCAGCGAAGAGAGAGUCAGAGCACAAAAGUUCAGGCAGCUUUGGAAAACCACACCUUAAACAAUGCUGAUCCCGGACAAGCCAGCCUCAGUCAGGGCCCUAGGACUCCUGUAGUUUCCAUGCUGGUGCCUUACAGAGAUCUACCACCAAUCCAUGUGGGUCAAAACCCACAGAAACCCAGGAAUGUGGUAAGACACUUGAAUAUGCCUCAACUGACAUCAUCUGAGGCCAAAUACUUUAGGAAACCUCCCUCGGGCAGGCCUGUGGAGGUGGUGCGAGUCACAAACAGGUCUGGAGGCAUCAAAGAGGCAAAUGAAAAAAACAAGCAGAAAUGGAAGAGAUAAACUUUAUCUUAUCAAGCAAAACAUUUGCCAAAGAAUUUAUUAGACAGGUAAUAAAAAAAAUUGGACAUUCUUUCUCCUAGGUCUAACUGAGAUGGAGAUAAACUGAUGUAAUAAAAACAAAAUCUGAUUGUUUACUGUAACAACUACUGUAAGAGAUACUAUUUUCAAUAUAAUCCAAAAUGUUGGCAUAAGCAACUUUAUCUCUCUUUCUGAAAGUAACUAACAAAAUAAAUGCUUUUUAAAUGUU